AUGAAAGGUCCAGCUACUGUUUUCACUAAAGAAGAGGAGGAGAAUAUGGCCUCAUGGUUAAGUGAGAUGGCGCAGAGAGGCAUGUGCCUCAGAACAUGUGAAUUCCUGGAUUUUGUUCAUGACGUAGUAAAACGGGAGAAAAGGAAAACGCCUUUCACUGAUGGUAGACCAGGUUACAGUUGGUACAUUGCUUUCAUGAAUAGGAACUCACAUAUCAUAGACAUUCGCACAGAAACUCCACUUGAGCUGAAGCGCUCAAAAGUCACCAAGGAUGUCACUGACAAUUGGUAUUUAAAAUUUAGAAACUUCCUGGUGAACAAAGAGUGCAUUGAUAAGCCUUCUCGUAUAUGGAAUGCAGAUGAAACUGGUUUCAAUAUGGGAAGUAACAAAUCAAGGGUAAUUGGUCCUGCUCAGAGAGAUUUGUCAGUGCCCCACAUUACUGCAGGGAAAGAAAGACUUGCAGUUAUGUACUGUGGUUGUGCUAAUGGACAGUUAAUGCCACCAUUUUUAGUAUUUCCAGAACCUAAACCAAGGUCGUACAAUCCAUUGAAUGGAGCUACUCAGGGAUCAGCCAUCGCUUACACCAAGAAAGGUUGGAUGGAUGCUGUUACAUUUGGAAAAUGUAUUGACCAUUUUGAUAAGUACGCUGGGACUGAUCGUCCUGUUGUCUUGUUGCUAGACAGUGUCAGUAGUCAUGUUGAUCGCAAAGUGUUCAUGGAUGCAAAGAGUAAGGGGAUAGAGUUGUACAUGAUCGUGCCUAAUGCCACCCACCUGAUGCAGCCGAUGGACAAAGGCGUUUUCGGGCCAUUGAAAUCAAAGUGGCAUUUGGUUGCAAGAAAGUACAGUAGGGAAAAUCCUGGAAGAUCGAUUGGCAAGGAGGUGUUUGCCGAGAAAUUGACAGAGGCAUUUCUCAAUUUCUACAAAAUUCUAACAGUCAUUAAUGCAUUCCGAUCGUCUGGUAUAUACCCAGUAGAUGCAUCUGUUAUAACUGAUGAAAUCCUGAAACCUGGAUGA